UCUCCGCCCUGGCGGGUGGAUGGGUUCUGCGCUCUGCAGCGCUGCCUGGCGGGGUCGGAAGCAGCCACCGGCCUGUCCGCCGCGGCCCGGCCCGGUUCACCCCGGCCCAGUUCGGUUGGGUUCGGUUCGGUGGGGCCGAGGCGGGCGGACGUCGCCAUGGUUUAAACGGCGUCGGGUGGAGGCGAACGGGCAGGAGCCAUGAACUUGCUGCCGGCUAACCCGCACGGCAACGGGCUGCUCUACGCCGGCUUCAACCAAGACCACGGAUGCUUUGCAUGUGGAAUGGAAAAUGGAUUCCGAGUUUAUAAUGCAGAUCCACUCAAAGAAAAAGAGAAACAAGAAUUUCUAGAAGGUGGCAUUGGCCAUGUGGAAAUGUUGUUCCGUUGCAACUAUUUAGCACUUGUAGGUGGAGGAAAAAAGCCAAAAUAUCCACCUAACAAAGUCAUGAUCUGGGAUGACCUGAAGAAGAAGACUGUCAUUGAGAUAGAGUUUUCUACAGAAGUCAAAGCAGUGAAGCUGCGAAGAGAUAGAAUUGUGGUAGUCUUGGACUCAAUGAUUAAAGUUUUCACAUUCACACACAAUCCCCACCAGCUGCACGUCUUUGAAACCUGCUACAACCCUAAAGGUCUCUGUGUCCUUUGUCCAAAUAGUAAUAAUUCUCUUCUAGCAUUUCCUGGAACACAUACUGGGCAUGUGCAGAUAGUGGACCUUGCUAAUACAGAGAAGCCUCCUGUUGACAUACCAGCACAUGAAGGAAUCUUGAGCUGUAUAGCUUUAAACCUACAGGGAACAAGAAUUGCAACAGCAUCAGAAAAAGGGACCCUCAUAAGAAUAUUUGAUACUUCAUCAGGGCAUUUAAUCCAGGAGCUACGAAGAGGAUCACAGGCAGCCAAUAUAUACUGCAUUAACUUCAAUCAAGAUGCUUCCCUCAUCUGUGUAUCCAGUGACCAUGGCACAGUACAUAUUUUUGCUGCAGAAGACCCUAAAAGAAAUAAACAGUCAAGUUUGGCCUCUGCCUACUUUCUCCCCAAAUACUUCAGUUCCAAAUGGAGUUUUUCCAAAUUUCAGGUUCCCUCAGGCUCUCCAUGCAUUUGUGCCUUUGGAACAGAGCCCAAUGCUGUCAUAGCAAUAUGUGCAGAUGGCAGCUACUACAAGUUCUUAUUCAACCAAAAAGGGGAGUGCUCAAGGGAUGUCUAUGCUCAGUUUCUCGAAAUGACAGAUGACAAGCUUUGACUGAGCUGAGGGAGUCUGUGGGUCACAGUACUGCCUCAGCCAUUCCACAUCUUUGGAAGGACAGUGUAUGAAUGUCCAAUACUGAUCAAGAAGUUUAGCAGACCUCACUGAGAAGCCUGGCCCAACAUGAUCAGAACAAGCUCUGAAGUAGUGGACUACAUAUGUUUAUUCUCAUUUCUGCAAGUAUUCAUUAAAAUCUCUUUGGGUUACUGUCAUCAACUCAAUUUUCAAGACAUGGCUUUCAACAAGCUUGUGCCUAUUGGGUUUCUCUUAAUCUAAACUGUGAAAUGACACGAGUGCCUGCCACACAGAACAACCUGCAGGGGGCUGUGCAGAUGUACAACGAGCCUUAGAAAAAGGGAUGAGAAAUAGAAGAUUGGAGGCAUUAUUUUACUUCCACUGAGCAACUGAAGGGGGGGGGGAAUACUAUGGAUGAUGCCAAUAACACUCCACUAGCUUGCAUAGGAGCAGGAAUACACCUCCCCCGUCCCUUGAGCACAUCUCAGAGUGACAGAGGAAAAGAGGUGACAAGCAGGUAGCCACUGAUGACUGCUUGACCCAUGCUUGUCCUCCGGGCUGGGGGGUGUCCUGUGGCCAUGGGCUGCAGCUCCUGUGCACAGCCCAGUGCUGGAUGGGUGCUCAGCAGCAGCUGUCAAAGGUGCCAAACUGUACAGUCACUAAGGCACAGGUGGGCACUGGCUGAGCCAGUUCAGCUCUGUGUGGAGCAAGCAGCCAGGGGACAGGGUGCUCCUGUUUUUUUAGAGCCGAUUCCUUCUGUAACUCAACAGCAUUCCAGGUUUAAAAACCACCCUUGGUAGUGGUGUGACAGCUGUGCUGACUGCUUCCAAACCUGCUGUGCUUCAGCUGGAGGACUGGACAGGCCAGGCCACUUGCACAAUAAGUGAACAAGGUGGCAUGAAGUAUCCGUCUGCAAUGGCUUUAAACUUCAAACUUUCUCUUUUUUUAUUUUUUUUUAUUUUUUAAUAUUUUUGAGAUGUUGCAUACUAAAUACUGUUGGUGUAGGGGCAGUUAGGGUAGACUAAACCAACUGACUUGUAAACUCUUUCCCAAAAUUGUUGUAUGGCAAUUAAUAUUUCCUGCUAAACCAAGGCACAAGAUGAUAAACUAGAAACUGAAUAGACACAAGCUCUCCAUUCAUGACACUAAAUACCUGGGGGAGGGAAUUCUUGCUCUGAUGAACUUAAUUUCACAGAUGCUUCAAAUCUGAUAUGCCAAGCUCAAUCUGAGAUCAUUUAGCUGCAAACUCUAAAUUUGACAAGUUUCUUCUAAGUCUCACAUAACAUACUAAGGACUAACUUCUACGCAGAUUCUGAUGUCAAGUUUGCAUGUUGCUUUUAUGUGUAUUUAAUCACAAAUUGUUUUGCACAGUUAUUUGUAAUAUGUUAUUUCUUUUAAAUAAAAGUGACUAAUUUUGCUGUAUUCACUGAUGAUCCCA